AUGUAUUUUGAAGAGCUAAGAGAAACAAACGGAUGUCGCGAUUCCGCGAGUUUGACGAUAUUAUUUGGAGAAGAUGUAAGUGUGUUUAGGGAAACAAUUGAAGAUCAGAAAUAUGGGUUUAGAAGUGAACCCAAUGCUGACAGUAAUAAAAGUGAUCACAAAGAAGAAUUUAGUGCUGAAACCGAGUAUUCAAAUGAAGAAACAAAUAUUGUUAAACAUCUAGAAGUGAACAUGAAUUCAUCUAAUAAUACCGUCGAAAAUUUAAAUAACAACGACAUUAUUAAAGUUGCAUCUAAAAUGACUAAAAACAAAUCGAUAUUAGAAAAAGACAAAACACAAAGGAACGUUACAAGUAGAAGUGCAAAUACAUUGUUCCUUUUGUUGCGGAUAUUAAAAAGUCUACCAAUAUUUCUAAGCCAGGUGAUGGUAAUAAUCAUAUUGGUUAGCUUUGUUUGUGCAUUGAAAGAACAGAGAUUUGCUAUUGAACCUCAAGAUCAGAGUGCUGUAGUGGGAUCGAGGGUGACACUUCCCUGCAGAGUAGAGAAUAAAGUUGGUCAACUUCAAUGGACAAAAGACGACUUCGGACUUGGCACUCAUCGGCAUUUGAAUGGAUAUGAGCAGUAUAAGAUGAUAGGCAGUGAUGAAGAAGGAGACUACUCUCUUGAUAUAGCUGAAGUGACCCUCGAUGACGACGCUCUCUAUCAGUGCCAAGUUAGUUCAGGGCCUAGAGGCGAGCCACCGAUAAGGUCGCGGUAUGCUCGCUUACUUAUCCUGAUGCCACCAGAACCACCCAAUAUACUUCAAGGCCCUGUACUGCAGGCUGUCGAAGACCGAGAAGUCAAUUUGGAAUGCGUGUCUGUUGGAGGAAAACCAGCGGCUGAGAUAACUUGGGUAGACAACGACGGAGGAGUUCUAACUCAGGGCGUCACAUAUAAUGUGGAGCAGAUGCCAGAUGGACGCAGAUUCACUGCCCGCUCAAUCCUCCACCUCCGUCCGCGUAGACACCACCACAACCAAACGUUCACCUGUCAAGCGCAGAACACGGCUGAUAGAGCGUAUCGAGCCGUUUCCAUUAAACUAGAAGUACAGUUCGCCCCAAAAAUUCGCAUGUAUUUCAAAUCUGGAGCCAAAAAUGGAAGAGCACAGGAAGGAGAUACUCUUGUUCUGGGUUGUCAAGCAACAGCGAAUCCAAACAUUCUGACCUACAAGUGGUAUAUAAAUAAUGUUCAGAUUGUCAGCAGUGUUUCCCAUGAACUGGUGAUAAGAAAUAUAACGCGACAUCAUAACGAGGCAACGGCCAAGUGCGAAGUUAACAACGCUGUGGGGAAAAGUGCUGACACUAAGACUCUAGAAGUUUCUUAUGGCCCAACGUUUAAAGUAAAGCCAGAAAAUGUGGAAGGAGAAGAUGGGUCUAUUGCAACCCUUACUUGCGUGGUUGAUGGUCAUCCCCAGCCUAAGUUACUGUGGUUGAGAUAUGAGAAUGAAAGGAUCAUUAGAAUGGGAAAGUUGCCAAAUUUGACUGUGACGAUAUCUCAAGAAACAGCAGGACAAUACUGGUGUCGUGCGAGUGUUGAGAAUUAUCCUGAUGUUGAAGCUUCUGCCAUGGUGUAUGUUAAAGGUUCACCAAAAAUUAUGUCCAACCAAACUCAAUAUGGAGUAGAAGGAGAUAGUGUGAAAAUUGAAUGCGUAGCUUUCUCAGUACCGAAGCCAGAUUACGUGUUGUGGAGUCUCAAUGGAAUCGAAAUCAACUCUUUUCAUAACCAGGAAUAUGCUUUUCUGGAAGAAACAUUGUCAGAUAGAAUUACAAAAUCUACAUUAAUCAUACGAGAGAGUCAAGAACGACACUUCGGAACUUACAACUGCAGUGUUACAAACGUUUAUGGAACAGACAGCGUUGAAAUAAGAUUGGUUGCUGAUAAAACCUUACCUCUAAUCCUCAUCAUAUCAGCCGGCUCCUCAGCAGCAGUUCUCGUCCUCAUAAUCAUGCUGAUAAUUAUGCUGUGCCAUCGGAAGACCAGGCAGUCGGAUGUAAAGAAACCUGACAUUACGGAUGUUGGGAAGACAUGUGACCAAUUCAAAGACAGUGACAGAAGUUCGAAUAUUAGUGAUAUGAAGAUGGAGCUACGACAGGUGGAAGGCGGUUGUGAUAUGGAGAACUCAAAUGCCGGAUCAGAAACUGAGCUCCAUUCAACUCUUCAUUUGACGACAAAUCUUGGGUUGCCACUAGCUGGUCCAGUCCCCGUCCCUGAAGCCGUCUUUGAUAAUGAAUUAAUGAAACAGUAUCAGAGAUAUAGUGGAGAUUUUAAUCAGGCUUUGACUAACUUGCAUUUUAAGGCACACAGUCAAAGCAAUGGUUACGUACCUUACGUGGACUAUACAAGAGACUAUGCCCCUCCUACAGGAGAUUCCCUGACAGGAUCCUUGACUAGAAGUAAUGAUACAUAUCCGAGUCACUGUGGCUCAUUACAUAGACAGGCCAGUUGCGGGAGAUUAGGUGGAAUGGUUGGACCUGAUGUUAUACCGAUGGCCAAUCCUGGAAUAGCGGUUGGCGGAGCAGACGUCCGAUACGCUGCUACUUAUGGGAAUCCUUACUUAAGAGGCAGCGGGCCUUUAUCUUAUGUGCCACAAGUUACUUCAGCCAUUUCGGGGGUGAAACCUCCUCCUUAUUAUAGCAUUAAAAAUUCCAGUCUUGCUUUGCCUGUAAUAACAUCAGUAAGUUCCACGUCCCCAUCAUCGUCAUCAUCGUCAAGACCUAUCACCAGUCCGAUGGCUUCUUCGUCUUCUUCUGGCGGGGCUCAGCCUCAAGUGCCUAAAACUUUGCCACAGUCGCCCGGAGCACUAUACGUCCUGCCACCUUCCAGCCAGGGAAGUUUAAAGUCUAAACAAAUUACUGUUAAGGGUACUGGAUCUCAAUUGAAAGCUGGUACUCAUGUUUAAUUUAUCUAAAAGUGUAGAUAGGGUAUUAAAAAAAGUUUGCAAGUGUUUAACAAUCUUUUAUUGUGGUUAAAAUUAAAAAAGUGACUAUUGAAAAAAAGACGUUUUUAAGUAAAUGUUAAAAUUUUUAUUAUAUAAUAUUAAAGUUAUGAUUAUCUCAAAGAAUGUCAAAGGAGCCUAAAAUUUAAAAGCUUUAAGUGUCAAAGAAAAUCUUAUAAGUUGUCUAGAUUAAUUACUUUUUAAAUGUUCUCAUACUUUUGUAGGUUCUAGUUUUAAGUUAUGUUAAGGUUUUGUUAAGACUGAAAUUCUGAAUAAUUUUAUGUGUAACUAUGUUAACUUAGGGUAUCAAUGUAUAACAUGCAAACUGUAAUAAU